UUUGCUUGUGUAAUUAUUUGUUAUGUUUGUAAUGAAAAGGGAUCAGCAUUAAUCGUGUACUGCUGUGUCUUGGAAACGUGAUCAGCGCGCUUGGUGAUGAAAGCAAGAAGGGAACUUUCGUACCGUACAGAGACUCUAAGCUGACGCGUCUUCUCCAGGACUCUCUCGGAGGAAACAGUCACACGUUAAUGAUUGGUUGCGUCAGCCCAGCGGACUCCAGCAUUGAGGAAACGAUCAAUACGUUGCGAUACGCUGAUCGUGCCCGUGAAAUCAAAAAUAAACCCAUUUUGAAUGUUGACCCACGUGCAGCGGAAAUGAAGCGACUCAAACAGCAGGUUCAAGAUCCUCAAGGAGGCAAGAUGGCACCUUUGUGGUUGGCAUGCCGUCUAUCGCACUACACUAGAGAUGGGUGUAAACGGAGGUCGGAGCCAGCUGCAAAUGGAAAACAAAGAAGAAAACCUUGUUCACAUGUCAGCGUGCAGUUGAAAAGAAGGGAGAUCUUGCCCAAAAUAUUGGGACACCAGGACAAUGGUCGGAGACUUUCCUAAAUGACAUUACGGACAAUGCAAGACAAAGGCUGUCAAAUAACUGUGGAGUGUUUGU